UGAAAAAGACCUGUAUGUGCAGGAGGAGGAGUGUUGCGCAAGGAUGCAGGUCCUCUAAUUUUGUUAGGAGCAUGUUGCAGCUGGGAACGCUUUGAGGAGGCUCCGGACUUCAAAGAAGCCUCCACUAAACAGGAAGGUUAGAGCGGCCUCUGUUACUUAAUCCUUCACUGCCCUCCUGUGUGACUUUGGUGGUACAGAAGAACCGAUCCCCCGCCGCGGCUGCCACCCACCCUCCUUUCUGUUCUGCCAGCACUCGGCUUAUUACAGCUUGCUUAGCAUCCUACGGCAUCAGCCUUUCCCAGCUAUGGCAACGAAAGGAGGCACAGGCGAGCGUUUUGCAACAUGGCUUCGAGGAAGUGCUCCAGCACAUAUGAACGGGAGCCAGAGGGUUGCCAGCUGAAGAAUGUAGUGACAGAGCAGCUUUCGGCCCUUGGACUGGGACCAGAACUGGGGAGGAAGGACCCUUGUCAUCGUCCCCUGCCUGAUGAGGUCAGCUGUUCAAAGGGACCCAAAGACUGCAGGACACCUUUAAAGCGGCCACUACAUCGCGUGGUUGGUCCAUGGAAGCCUGGAUGCUGAAGGAGUCUCCAAAAGGGGUGCUCUCAUGUUUCACACAUCACGGAGACACACGCUUCCUGGCUUCUGUGAUAUACAGCGUGCCACUUGGUUUGCAAAUCUCCCAUGAAGCCGGCAGGUUGUGACUCCUGGAGUGCUCCAAGUUUUGAAAUGGCUAGUUAGAAGUGGAUGCCAGGGGCCCUUCACCUUGUCAGUCAUUUUCAUCUGGAGGAAACAAGUGCUGUGAUUUUGGGAGAAUGAAAGAUCCCUUUGCAAUCAAGUUGUGAAUCGGUCAACAUGAGCCCUGAACUACCCACAGUGUCAGCUUAAGCUGGCAGAGAGUCGGUUUGCUCCGCCAUGCCUGGCUCGGCGUCAACGGAGCUCUCCCCGUGGCUCAGCGCAUUGAAGCCGACAGAAAUGUAACUGCUCCUGGACUAUGACCACAGGACAUACCAAUGGCGUUCCAGGGAGCCACAGAUACGCCCGGUGGAAUCGGGAAGACAGCGGGGAGGACUAUACGAGGAGUGAGGUCUAUGCGGAGGAUGAGCAGGGCAGGCAGCGCCGACUGACCCCUUUCGAGAAGCUCACUCUCGAUAUGUCCCAGGAUGAAAAGGUGGUCAAGGAAUUAACUCUGGGGAAGAGAAUUGGGUUUUACCGCAUCAGAGGGGAGAUUGGGAGUGGGAAUUUCUCGCAAGUGAAACUCGGAAUCCAUUCCCUGACCAAAGAAAAAGUCGCUAUCAAAAUUUUGGAUAAAACAAAAUUGGACCAGAAGACGCAGCGCUUACUCUCCCGUGAGAUUUCCAGCAUGGAGAAGCUGCAUCACCCGAAUAUCAUCCGGCUCUAUGAGGUCAUGGAGACACUCUCCAAACUGCACCUGGUGAUGGAAUAUGCCAGCGGAGGGGAACUCUUUGCUAAAAUCACAACGGAAGGAAAGUUAUCGGAGGUGGAGAGCAAGCACAUUUUCUCCCAAAUUGUGUCUGCCGUUAAGCAUAUGCAUGAAAGCAGUAUUAUUCACCGGGACCUGAAAGCCGAAAAUGUGUUUUACACCAGCAACACCUGCGUGAAAGUGGGUGAUUUUGGAUUCAGCACAAUUAGUCGUAAAGAGGAAACCCUGAACACUUUUUGUGGCUCACCUCCUUAUGCUGCCCCUGAACUCUUCAGGGAUGAAAGCUACAUUGGGGUUUAUGUGGAUAUCUGGGCACUAGGAAUUCUUCUGUAUUUCAUGACAACUGGACUCAUGCCCUUCCGGGCAGACACAGUGGGCAAACUUAAGAAAUGCAUUCUUGAGGGAAUGUAUGUAUUACCACUGUUCCUGUCGGAACCUUGCCAGAAGCUGAUUCGGGGAGUCCUUCAGCCAGUACCAUCUGAACGCUAUUCCAUUGAGUACAUUAUGAACAAUGAAUGGAUGAAAGGAGUACAGUAUCCAAAGCCCUUGGAACCAUUUAAACUGGAUCCAAAAUAUUUGUGGGAUACUGCAGCACUCAAAGAGGAAGAAGUUGAAGUAAAAAACGUCCUGAACAGUUUGGGAAUUAUGGAGGAACACAUUCAGAAUAACCACAGGCGCGUUUCUCAUAGCUCAAUAACUGGGAUCUACAGAAUUAUUCUGCACCGAGUACAAAAGAAACGGGCCAUGGAAACUGUUCCUAUUAUCAGCCAACCAGAACCCAGAGAACAGGAGUCAAAAAAAGACCAGACUACCUAUCGGGGCCUCAAACACUCAUCUAAGCUGUGUUUGAUUUUAUAAACCAAGUUGCAGGCUUGGUUUUUAAGGAACCAUAUCAAGCCCUUUUGUUUGGUACUGGUUAAUUCUUGCUCUUAGAAUUUUUGUAAUUUUGAAAUAAAUAAAAAUGCCUUAAGACUUUUGAA